ACAAAAUUACCUCGUCUUCUCUAUCAUUCUUUAUCUCUCCUCUCUCUCUCUUCAGAUUUAUCAUUUUCUCUUCUUUCCUGUAAUCCAUCACACCAUUUGAACGUCUUGCUGUCACAUGGUUACCUCACCAAAUAUGUUUGCGUGAAGAACGAAGUUGGUGAAGUCGCCGCCGGGAUAACUUAGUUUCACCGAUUCACACACAUGCAAGAUAAACCCAUCAAUCUUUGGAUUUUGAGCUUCAAGAUUCUUACUUUCUGUUAUCAUCUUGAUCCAGUUUCUACUUACUCAACUCGUUGCUCAAAGAUCUAAAUCUCCAUGGCAGACACUCACUGAUAAAGGGAUAAUUUUUGUUUCAAAGUUUAAUACUUUUUUUUGGUAGAAGAGGCUCAUUUUGUCAUUGUACGUGGUGGAUUUCUGGAUUGUUUCCAGAUUCAAGCGUCUCUAAUAAAGAGGAGAAAUAACAUUCAAUGCUGAUCCAGGGUCUUACAAGGAAAAUCAGAUGAUAGAGUGUUUUGCAUGUUAUGUAUCAUUGUAGCCGGAUAAUUAUAAUGGAGAUAUGUAGUCGGAUAACUAUAAUAAAAAAGAGACUCUCGUCGUGGUCAGUAAAGUCGCUAUCCUUCUCGGGUAGACUUCUCCUGCUCAAGACAGUCAUCUCCGGUAUCACAACCUUUUGGUGCUCUGCUUUCAUUCUCCCGAAGGCCUGCAUAAAAAGAAUAAAUUCCCUUUGUAAUGUCUUUUUAUGGAGAGGUAAUAUUGAGGAUCACAAUACGGCGCGGGUAGCUUGGAGCACGGUGACACUUACAAAGGAUCAGGGUGGGCUCGGUCUGAAUGAUCUUGUUUCCUGGAAUAAUGCUUGUUGUCUAAAGCUAGUGUGGAUGCUGUUCUUCAGAGCUGGGUCAAUUUGGGUUGCCUGGUUCACGAAAGAGGUUCUCAAAGGGUCAGUUCACAAUUACUGGAUCACAAAGCCUAGCCCUUCCUACUCUUGGCUGGCAAAUAAGCUCCUGAAGAUGAGAGAAGUAGUUUACCCGAUGAUCAAACUGCGAAUGCAGAAUGGAUGCACAGCGAGGUUCUGGACGGACAAUUGGUCUCCAUUCGGCAAUCUCACAACUUUCCUACACAACUCCUCCUCCAGACUUGGCAUUCCUAUGAAAGCAACGGUAGCCUCGCUGCAUAGGAAUGGUACUUGGCGCUUACCACCUGCAAGAACCGAUCAAGAGCUUCAACUUCUAACCCAUUUGACCACUAUCACCCUCUCUCCUGAGGAUGAUUAUUAUGACUGGGAGCUUGCAGGAAAAACUACCAUCAAAUACAGUACGGGAGACGUGUAUGCGCACCUGCGAGGAGAGAUUCCGCAAGUGAGUUGGGCGAAGGUGGUGUGGUCGUCGUAUGGGAUCUCGAGGCAAUCCUUCCUGGCUUGGCUCAUCAUCCUAAACAGAUGCCCCACAAGAGAUAGGCUCAUUAGCUGGGGUCUUCAAGUCCCUGCUAUUUGCUUACUAUGUAACUCCCAUCCUGAGACUCGUGAUCAUCUCUUUCAUCACUGCUCUUAUACUUCGGCACUCUGGGCAAUCAGCGCUGCAAAGCUUGAUAUCUCCUCCCCUUCAGAUUGGACAGGAAUGGUUAGUGUGAUGGUUAACCUACCUAUCACAAAAUCUCGGAAGGCAAAAACACUGCUUACUCUGCUUGUAUGGAAAGCGACCCUCUACUGGCUCUGGCAUGAAAGGAACAGCCGCCUACAUACAAACUCCUUCCGCUCUAUUGAUUCUCUCUACUCUGGCUUGGACAGACAAAUCAGGAAUCGAAUAUCUAGCAUCCGUUCUAUUAAUCCACUGCUGUCUUCGAAGAUGAUGCAACUCUGGCUCUGAUCAACUGCUGGGACCUUUCCAUCGUUUCAACUUCUGCAUCGUUCUUCUCUAGAGUGUAUCGACACUUUGCAAAAAUCAUCUGUUUGGGUUUUCUCAAUCUUGGGUAAAUGGGUUCUUGGGUUCUUUAUUAUGAGUUUAACUAUGGGCCUGGCCUGGUGUAACUAAAAGCUUAAGGGCUUUGUAAACUUUUUAUUUUUUCUCUUUAUAAGAAAGCCAUGUUACAAAAAAAAAAAAAAAAAACUAUAAUAAAAAAGAAAAUAAUCUUUCAGUUUGAUA